UCGUACUCCCUUCCACAUAAACCACUUCCGGGAAAGUGAGGAAGUAUACUUACAGAACUCACAGUUGGAUACCGUAUCAUGCAACUGUAUGAGUUUGGUUCAAAAUUGUACUGUUUUUUUUCUUAAUCCGACCUAAAAUUGGCAAGAAAAGGUAGUAAUUACAGAGUUACAUAUUUUGUUUACUUCAGAAAAUACAUUUUAAUUGAUCUUCUGUUAACUUUUCAAGUUUAUAGUGCUAGUGUGUAAAAAAAAAAAAAAGAGUUCCUGGAUUGGCCGAUGUUUUUUGGAGGAGAAUAAACAAUGGAAGCAAUUUUGAGCAGACUGAAGCAGUUGACUCCAGAUGAACUCAGGCAGGAAACUAUACAAAAUGGACUGAAGUGUGGACCAAUUACACCCACCACUCGAUCUCUUUUUGAGAAACGUUUAGCCCAAGCUUUACUGGAGAGAGGAGGGGGAGUGGAGGCCAAAGCUGACCCUGUGAUGGAACAGAAGCAGUCAUCAACACCAUUGCUUUUAGCUUCAACAUCGGCUCAGUCAAAUCAGCAGUCACAACAACUUAGUAAUUCUAAUUCUGCCACCGAAAGUCGUCAGGGGUGCAUACCCCAGGUUUCUUGUGAAGAUAGUGGCUUUGGAUAUGAUGUUGGACUAAAUCCUCCAGAGGAGGAAGAUUUACUGGAGAAAAAAAGUUCCGAAGCUUCCUUGGAUGUACAAGCUGGAUUUGAAACCCAUACAAAGGAGCAGGCAGCAUCUUCCUUGAGGGAAAUGUCCACGUUACCUUCUAUAUACUAUGGAGUUUGUCCAGUCUGGGAUGAUACAGAGCACAUGUUUAUGUGGACAAGAAAGAAGCACUACAGGCAGUGAAAACGAUGAAAGGCUCACGAUUUAAAGCAUUCUCCAAUCGAGAAGAUGCAGAGAAGUUUGCUAAAGGGAUAUGCGAUUACUAUCCAUCUCCAAACAAGUCUACAUUGUGUACAUCUCCAGUAAAAACUGGCCAAAUGUUUAGCAAAGGGGCUGUUUUUUUUAUUAGUGUGUACAAGAUGGUGGUUGUGCUUUUGGUAGCUGAGGCAGGAAGGCAGCUGAGUUAUGGCGCAAACCAUAUCUACAUAGGAUGGGAGUUCGUGUCAGUGGUUUUCUUAGGGGUGAUCAUCCAUGUCCUGUUUGGACACGGUUAUACUUGGAUCUUUGCUACGAGGCGGAAUUCUGUGGAACAUGCAGAUGAGACCAUUUUGCCAGAAAAUGUAAACUCUCCAGAAGUUGAUACAAUCAAUAGGGAACGCGCCAACAGUUUCAAGAGCCCUCGCACACAGGACCUUACAGCCAAACUUAGGAAAUGUGUGGAGCAAGGAGAUCAUGUUGGAUUUCUGGAGCUGGUGUACAGUAACCCUCGAUAUCUGAUUGGCUCUGGAGACAACCCAACUGUUGUUCAAGAAGGAUGUCGCUACAAUGUAAUGCAUGUUGCUGCUAAGGAAAAUCAGCCAAGUAUUUGCCAGUUGCUUCUAGACACCUUGGAGAAUCCUGAGUUCAUGCGCCUCAUGUACCCCGAUGAUGAUGAUGAAACUAUGUUGCAGGAACGUAUCCGGUACAUUGUGGACCUUUAUCUCAACACGCCUGAUAAAGUGGGAUUUGAUACGCCAUUACAUUUUGCUUGCAAGUUUGGACAUGCAGAAGUAGUGAAUGUGUUAUGUGCACAUCCAGAUAUUCAGAAAAGUGCCAGAAAUAAGUAUAACCAAACUCCAGAAGAUGUUAUUUGUGACAGAAGUAAAAUGAAAUCUCAAGAACUGAAGGAGAAGAUAAAAGAAUAUUUACAAGAUCGGUGUUACAUACCCUUGCUGAGGGCCGAAGAUAACUCUGUAGCACCAGUGAUAGGAACCCCUUGGUCUCCAGAUCCUUGUGAUACUAUGUCCUUCGUAACUGGCCACAGGCACCUUGGCAGUCCAAAAGAUCCAGUUUUAGCUGUGAGGGCAUUUGCUGGUCCAUUGAGUCCAUCAAAGGCUGAAGAAUUUCGACGCAUUUGGAAGACCCCACCUCGUGAAAAAGCCUGUUUUUUCCACCACGUCAAGAAGUCUGACGCAGACCGUGGCAUUGAAAGAGUUGGAAGGGAGUUGGCUCAUGACCGUGGUUAUCCAUGGAAUGAGUAUUGGGAAUUUCUUCACUGCUUUACAGAUUUAGCUUCCUUUGAAGGUGUGCAAAAGCUGGAAGAUUACUUGAAUAAGAAAGAGGCUCAGGAACAGUUAUUAGUGGAAGCAGAGGAAAAUGAAGCUUGUAACCAGUUUAAAACUCUGUCUCCUGCAGGCAGAUCCAAAGCAUGCUGCAAUUCAGUCUCUGUUGGGGCAUUUCUUGAAGAACAUGAUGACUUAAGUUUAGAGGAAAUAAAAAAUCGUCAAAAUGCUGCACAAAAAGUUAACCAACUCAAAGCUCAACUGAAGACCCGGAUUGACACUGUGGAAGAUUCUGAUUGUCCUGGCCUAUCUAGCAACCAAAAUAUGGACAUAAUAGAGACAGGUGAUAGUGCUAGUCUGGACUGUCAGAAAGGGGUUUCCCCUCAUGUGAAUGGCUUCUGUUCCCCUGUAAAUAAAAAAAUGAACUCUGAGAAACAUCAUGAAAGGAAUGCUUGUGUCUUGUCUCCUGUUUCCAACUUGAUGAUGGAAUUUGAGAAGUUAAGUGUGCAGAGACCAGAGGACAUAGAACCAACUCCAGAAAGUAGACUGUUGUUUGGAACCAGACUAGAUAGUAAGAAUCCAGGAGGUAAAAUGGAUGUAUAUGCAGGACUGAGUCACCUGAGAAUUUCAGAGGACCAUAAUCCUGACACUGUUGCACAGUGCAGCAGGUUAAGUGAUAUUACUGACUUGGAACACAUGGGGAAAUCCAGUAACACAGCAGUAAGGACAGAUAGUAUAACGGUGUCUGGCAAGGCAUGGGCUGAUUUGUCCAUUCCAGGAUUAGCUUCACAUACUUCCUCAUUUAGUUCAUCAGAGGCCAGACAGGAGCAACUUAUCAAGACUCCACUUCUGAAUGAGUCUGCCUUGAGGAUGUUAUUUAUCGGAGAUGAGCCUUCAAAGGUGGAUGUUGAUGUUCUGGCAGCACUGGGAAACAUAGAAAUUAGCCCACAGAAAUACCCUAGUAUCCAUAGAUGGAAAUCUUCUAUUCUCGCUUUUCCGUCCAGCAUAAGACAAAGUUGGCAGAGCCCAGCAGUAUGGCAAGGAUGGAAUAAACCACAGUCACUUUCUUUGGACUCUUCAAACUUACCACUGUCUGCAGCAGAAAGGAACAACCCAAUAACGUGCAGCCCUAGAAGUUGUGCAACUUCGCCUUUCUCCUCAGAGUUUAGAAGUCCUGGAAGAUACAGCCCUGCUUAUGCCAGCCAUAUACAUUUUUUAAAGCAUUGCCAUUUCACAGACCCCUCUGCUCUUUAGUACUGCAAUAUGUUUGCCCUUUUUACAAGUUUCAUCAUGUGUUGCUAAUAGGUUUUUCAUUUAUCGAAACAGUUGAACUAGAUGUGCAGCUUUGUAAGUGGAGCAGAUCUUCCAGACAACUUUACAUCCUAACUUCUUUUAAAAGUAAGCAUCUUUUUCAUAACCAUGGUAGUUAGUUCAUAGGCCACUAUCCCCUCUUUAUACCCAGACAAACAUACACAGUCCUGGCACUCAGCACCAUCAGUAACAGUUUAAUCACAAUACACUGACAUCUUCAUUUAAUUGAAGAAAUCUGGUGCAUUGUUAGUUUUGUGAUUUGCUGACUGCGUUUUUGUUAUAAUGUCAUCAUUAAAAUUUUCAUUUACUGGCAAGGGUUUGUUUUACAAAAGCCAUGAUCAUUUGUUUUGAAAAGCUGUUUAUAUCCAGCAUUUGUAUGAACAUGUCAGUGUCCUUUAAACCAAAUGAUUCCUAUGGCAUUUAAAACACUGACACUGCAGCACUCCCUAGAUGGGUAUAAUAAAUUAUUUUUUGGAAUAUCUGUCAUGCAAAACCACAAAAAAGCUUUAGCUCAUAAUGCUGCUGAAAGGGAUGUUUUAACCUAGGUGCUGUGGCUUUGGAAUUUGUUUUAUUUUUGUCUGUAUACCUACCUGUAUGUUAUAGGAUAUUCUGGGAAAUUGUAAAAAAAAUUAAAAAAUGCCAUUUUUGCUGUAUACAAUAAUUUGGGACACGUAUUGCACUGAUAUGAUUUAGUGUGUCAGUGACUUGCUCAUGGACCAGUAUUUGCACAAAGUUUUGUACAUUACUCAUUUUAGUAAAAAAUGGUGUAAAAGA